AUAACUACUAUUAUUUCACAAACGGUGUUAAAAAUGUCGAAAUAUAAAUCUCUAAUCAUUAUUUUAAUGAUUAUGAAAUUUCUAUAUAAUAAUUCAGAAGCGAUGGAUUUUAGUAAUAUAUUCAAACUUGGCGAUACUAAUGAAAUGUAUCAACAAAGAAUGAUCAGUCAAGGUUUACCAUUUGUGGGUGAAUCAUACGAUGAGUAUUCGAAAAAUAUUAUAAGUCGUGGUGCACCUCAAAAUAUGACUUUAAUUACUAAGGAUGAAUACAAAAUAUUAAUGAACAGUAUACCUAUAAUAAAUGAAUCAAUGGAUUCCGUCAAUGAGAGAAAUUUAGAAACUCAAAAAGAGUUACAAAGCAAUCAUCCAGAAUUUCCCGAAAAAUACAAAUUACAACAAUAUACGACUGACGUUUUCGAAGAAUUAAAAUUCCGCUAUCCACGAAUAUAUGAAACUUAUACAAAUUAUAAGGAUAGAAUGGAUAACCUUCAAGUAGAACCUUUGGGUAUAGAAAUGUUCAAAAAUUUAAAACAGUAUUGUCCAAAUUUUGGUGAAUUAUAUGAUGAAUAUUUGGAAACAAGGAGUAUACGUUAUGGUAUAAAUGGAAUUAGUAUAUCAAAAUUUACGGAGUUUCAAAAUUCAUAUCCAAUGUUAGAAGAAAAUGUAACUGUUUUCUUCAAAAGGAUUAAUAUACAUAUUAGUAAGUAA